GGAACGCUACGGUGCUGGCAGGGAAUCCCAGAAGUUUGGGCGCCGUCCUGGUUCCCCAGCCCUGAUUUCCGCAGAUGGGGCAGUUUGGCCCCGCCCCGGCUCCUCCCGUCCCCUGGGGGUGGGGUGGAAUUGGAACUGAGCGGGUAGCCUGGAGGUGCUGCUGCAGGCAGCAUAUUUUCGUCCCCUCCCCCCCAGCCUAUACCUCCUUACUCUCUUCCCUACACCCUCACCCACCCCUGCCCCAUUCUUCCCUAGAAACCAUUUGUUCCCCAACUCCUCACCACGCUAUUAAAUUCCUUCCUGAGGGUAGAGUUUCAGUCUGCGGUGUGCGUGGGGAUAGGGAUUGUGAUUUACUCGAGAAAAUGGCUAAGUUGUGAAUACUUGCUUUUGCUUUAAAGACCUGUAUGGAUGAGCUGGGCGGGGCUGUUAUUUGUAGUAGGAGUCGCGCAAAUGGCAGGGCUCAGUGGCUUUACAGAUGAUUUUGCACUCAUCCUUCAGUUUUCCCGGAUUCCUUCCUUUUACAGCCGCGGUGCGGGGAGGAGUCAUGGCAGUGCCCUUUGUGGAGGACUGGGACUUGGUGCAAACCCUGGGAGAAGGUGCCUAUGGAGAAGUUCAACUUGCUGUGAAUAGAAUAACUGAAGAAGCAGUUGCAGUGAAGAUUGUAGAUAUGAAGCGUGCCAUAGACUGUCCAGAAAAUAUUAAAAAAGAGAUCUGUAUCAAUAAAAUGCUAAAUCAUGAGAACGUGGUGAAAUUCUAUGGUCAUAGGCGAGAAGGCAAUAUCCAGUAUCUGUUUCUGGAGUACUGUAGUGGGGGAGAGCUUUUUGACAGAAUAGAACCAGACAUAGGCAUGCCUGAACAGGAUGCUCAGAGAUUCUUCCAUCAACUCAUGGCAGGGGUGGUUUAUCUACAUGGUAUUGGAAUAACUCACAGGGAUAUUAAACCAGAAAAUCUCCUAUUGGAUGAGAGGGAUAACCUCAAAAUCUCUGACUUUGGGUUGGCAACAGUGUUUCGACAUAAUAAUCGGGAACGUUUGUUGAACAAGAUGUGUGGUACUUUACCUUAUGUUGCUCCAGAACUUCUGAAGAGAAAAGAAUUUCAUGCAGAACCAGUUGAUGUUUGGUCCUGUGGAAUAGUGCUUACUGCAAUGCUGGCUGGAGAAUUGCCAUGGGACCAGCCCAGUGAUAGUUGUCAGGAAUAUUCUGAUUGGAAAGAAAAAAAAACAUACCUCAACCCUUGGAAAAAAAUCGAUUCUGCUCCUCUAGCUCUGCUGCAUAAAAUCCUAGUUGAGAAUCCAUCAGCAAGAAUUACCAUCCCAGAUAUCAAAAAAGAUAGAUGGUACAAUAAACCGCUCAAGAAAGGGGCAAAGAGGCCCCGAGUCACUUCAGGUGGUGUGUCAGAGUCUCCCAGUGGAUUCUCCAAGCACAUUCAAUCCAAUUUGGACUUCUCUCCAUCUAAUAGUUCUAGUGAAGAAAAUGUGAAGUACUCCAGUUCCCAGCCAGAACCACGGACAAGUCUGUCCUUAUGGGAUGCCAGUCCCUCAUAUAUUGAUAAACUAGUGCAAGGAAUCAGUUUUUCCCAACCCACGUGUCCUGAUCAUAUGCUUCUGAAUAGUCAGUUACUUGGCACCCCAGGAUCCUCACAGAACCCCUGGCAGCGCCUGGUCAAAAGAAUGACACGAUUCUUUACCAAAUUGGAUGCAGACAGAUCUUAUCAGUGCUUGAAAGAGACUUGUGAGAAGUUGGGCUAUCAAUGGAAGAAGAGUUGUAUGAAUCAGGUUACUGUAUCAACAACUGAUAGGAGAAACAAUAAACUCAUUUUCAAAGUGAAUUUGGUAGAAAUGGAUGAGAAGAUAUUGGUUGACUUCCGGCUUUCUAAGGGUGAUGGUUUGGAGUUCAAGAGACACUUCCUGAAGAUUAAAGGGAAGCUGAGUGAUGUGGUGAGCAGUCAGAAGGUCUGGCUUCCUGGCACAUGAUUAAUCCAUUAGGGGAUUCCUGGUGAAUAUAGUGCUGCUAUGUUGGCAUUAUUCUUCCUAGAGAAGAUUAUCUUAUUCUGCAAACUGCAAACGAUGGUUCCUGAAGAGUUCACGACCCUCUUUAUCCAAACACCUUCUAAUUCUUUUUGUAUGUUCUACAUACAAAUAAUACCUGUAUUUUAAUUGUAAGUAAAACUUUGGGGACAAGAUGGAUAGAAUUCAUUCAAUAGUUCUUCGUCUGUGUUCGGUGACUGGAUUUGAAACCCAUCUGGUGGAAACAGAGUUUCAGGGGACUUUACCAGCUUGUAUACCAAUGUAAUAUCUCAUUUUUUUAAAUCCAGGAAGUACAUAUAUCCUCCAUGUUGAUCUGAUCAUAAGGAUGGAUUAGUAAGGGCUUAACUUUGUGACUUUGGGGGAUAGAUUUAUGAGUCUGUCAAGUGAGGCUAACUUCAAAGAAUGCAUCCCCAAGAUUUGUACUUACAUUUUCACAAGGGCCUGAUCAGUUAUACAAACCUGUUUUGAAUGAUAAUGAUUAAUUGAAAUUGCCAGUCUGUGUUUUUUCCAGUGUAGUUAGUAAUAUAUAAAGUGCUGGUUUGUGUUUCAAGUAGAAGUUGAGCAUAAACUCUAGUGCUUAACUAACUUUGAGAAUUACUGUUGCACAUUUUAAAUAUUUUUCUAUAUUUCUACUUUCACAGUCAUAUUUUAAUUCUUUACUACUGAAAUAAAUUCUAUUUUGAAAAUGAAUUAUCUAACUUUGUGGACUUAUUGGUGACUAAGCUUCUUCUAGAUGAUAAAAGAUAAAACGAG